AUGGACGAGACGAGCCCGCUGGUGUCGCCGGAGCGGGCGCAGGCCCCCGACUACGGGCUGCCGGGGGGCGCCGUGCGCGCCCUCCCGCCCGCCGCCCCCCCCCCGCCGCCCUCCCCUCCUGGUUCCCCCGGAGGCCGCGACCGCGAGCGGCAGCCGCUGCUGGAGCGCGGGGCGCGGGGCCCGGCGGCGGCGCAGGCCCAGGCCCAGGCCCAGGCCCAGGCGGCGGCGCAGGCCCAGGCGCAGGCGGCAGCGGCGGCGGCGCAGCGGGAGCGUAACGACUUCCCCGAGGACCCCGAGUUCGCUGAGGUGGUGCGGCGGGCCGAGCGGGCCAGCGAGCGCGGCAUCUUCCCCGAGCGCAUCUCGCAGGGCUCCAGCGGCAGCUACUUCGUCAAGGACCCGCAGGGGAAAAUCAUUGGUGUCUUCAAGCCCAAGAACGAGGAGCCGUAUGGGCAGCUGAACCCCAAGUGGACCAAGUGGCUGCAGAAGUUGUGCUGCCCAUGCUGCUUUGGGAGAGACUGCCUCGUCCUCAACCAGGGCUAUCUGUCAGAGGCGGGUGCCAGCCUGGUGGACCAGAAACUGGAACUCAACAUUGUUCCCCGCACUAAGGUGGUGUAUCUGGCCAGUGAGACCUUUAACUACAGUGCCAUCGACAGGGUGAAGUCCCGAGGAAAGAGGCUGGCCCUGGAGAAAGUGCCGAAAGUCGGCCAGCGCUUCAACCGCAUUGGUCUGCCGCCCAAGGUGGGCUCCUUCCAGCUCUUUGUGGAAGGCUACAAGGAUGCUGACUACUGGCUGCGGCGCUUUGAAGCUGAGCCGCUCCCGGAGAACACCAACCGGCAGCUGCUGCUGCAGUUUGAGCGCCUGGUGGUGCUGGACUACAUCAUCAGGAACACAGAUCGGGGCAAUGACAACUGGCUCAUCAAGUACGACUGUCCCCUGGACAGCGCAGGCGUGCGGGACAGUGACUGGGUGGUGGUGAAGGAGCCCAUCAUCAAGCUGGCUGCUAUAGACAAUGGUUUGGCCUUUCCCUUGAAACACCCGGACUCCUGGAGAGCAUAUCCAUUCUACUGGGCAUGGCUGCCCCAGGCCAAAAUCCCCUUUUCACAGGAGAUCAAGGACCUGAUUCUUCCCAAGAUCUCAGACCCCAACUUUGUUAAGGACCUGGAGGAAGAUCUGUAUGAGCUCUUCAAGAAAGACCCUGGCUUUGACAGGGGACAGUUUCACAAGCAGAUUGCUGUCAUGAGAGGUCAGAUCCUGAACCUGACUCAGGCACUGAAAGAUGGGAAGAGCCCCCUGCACCUGGUUCAGAUGCCGCCUGUGAUUGUAGAAACAGCGCGUUCCCACCAGCGCACCGCCAGCGAGUCCUAUACGCAGAGCUUCCAGAGCCGGAAGCCUUUCUUCUCAUGGUGGUAGCUGUGGGAGCCACAGGCAGGGCUUGGCCGCCUCGGACUAGCACUGCGAGAGGAAUCGGGCCACUGCCGGCUCCUGUGGCCAGGACUUGACCUUCUGGGUAGAGUGAGCAGGUGCGGCUGGAGGAACCUGCAGCUGAACUGGAGGAGCCAGGCAGGUUGGGCAUGGUCCCUCCCCAGCUCCUUUGGAGUUUGGUGCCCUGCCUGGGGCAGAGCCCAGGGGGAGGUGUGGGAAUCUGUCGGGAGCCGUGAUGUGGCUGGGUCCUUGCCCCUGCCUCCCUUCCUUGGCCUGCAUGCGGUUCUGAGCACCCCUGCUUGGGGCUGGGAUGAGCAGGCUGCCCGGGCCAGGAUCC